AUGCUUCAAUUCAGAGUCCCACUCGCCCUUUGCUGGCUUCUAGGCGCUGUUUCUCUCUCAACUACUCGCGCGUUAUCCACCCCUUCCAGCCAAACAGUGUCACCAGGAAAUUCGAUUAUUCCCGGAUCGUCGAUUGCCGUCAAGAUUGAUAGAGCAGCCGCGGUCUCCUCGCGCUCUCUGGGCGGCAUCAAGUCCGUCGAACAACUGAUUCGAAACGCUCAAAGAGACUCUCAGCUGAGCAAAAGAGAGGUAGAAUUCACCGUUCAUCCUCUCAUCACCACCGUGUCACCAAAGAGAAUCACUCAGUUGGUCGAGAGAGCGACUGUCCUUAACCCAAACUACGUCCCAACAGAUUUCAGCACAUGGUAUCAAGUUCUUUUUCCGGAACCCGAAAGCGAGGACAACCAAACUCUCCAUGACCUUCUGGCUACGCUCUCUGGCUACCAAGAGGUAGCAAGCUGCCAUCCACUCGGUGGCGGCAUCCUCCCCGCCGUGGACCCCAGCAAUGACCCCCUAUUUCCAAACCAGGGAUAUAUGACGCCAGCAGGGGAGGGUAUCAACGCGCCAUACGCAUGGGGAUUCCCCGGUGGCGAUGGAGCCAACACUACCAUCAUCGACAUUGAGAGGGGUUGGAAGCUGGAUCAUGAGGAUUUGGUGGAUGCUAAUAUCACACUUCUAGCCGGGUUGAAUGUCAAAGACAGAUAUCAAUCCAAUUACCGGCACGGAACAGCCGUUCUCGGUGAAAUGCUCAUGGUGGACAACAACAUUGGCGGCGUGGGCAUCAUCCCUGGAGCUCAGGGGCAUGUUGUCGGGGUGACGCGUGUUGUCGGCGGCGGCCCUUUUGAGAAUUAUCCCGAGGCCAUCCUGGAUGCCGUCGAUGCUCUUGGCUUUGGAGAUGCGAUAUUGCUUGAAAUCCAGGUUCCCGAUGCCAACGGCAACAUGUUUCCCGUCGAAAUCAUCGAUGCCGUGUUCGACGCCAUCUCCCUUGCAACCUCCCUGGGAAUUACGGUCAUUGAGCCUGCUGGCAACGGUCAGCAAGACCUGGAUGCUCCAAUCCUUCGCAUUGGCAGCGCAACCCCAGCGCCUAUUCUCAACCCGAGUAGUCCCGAGUUCCGCGAUUCGGGCGCCAUCAUGGUUGGCGCAGCGACGUCGACAAUACCUCGGACCAGAGUACUCGAGUCCAAUUACGGGGCACGCAUCGAUGUGCAUGCCUGGGGCGAAAACAUUCUCACCGCCUCAGUUGCGGGUUCGGCCGACGAUAUCGACACCUACUUGCCCUUUGACGGCACAUCGGGAGCCGCUCCCAUCAUUGCCGGCGCAGCCCUCAGCGUUCAGGGGAUGAUCAGUGCCAACCGCGGGACAAAGUUGGAUGCACUUGUACUCCGAGACCUGAUCAAGAUUGAUGGAACACCCACCUCUAAUCCAUCCGUCGACAAGCUAGGAGUGCAGCCUGACCUUCGUGCGCUCAUUGACGGAGGCCAUCUUUUGUAG